AUGCAGCUUCAAGGGCCUGUCUUUGUGGGUGUGCCCCUCCUGGGACCCAUCCUGAUUUGUAUGUUCACUCCUAAUGAUUUGUCCGGUUGGUGUGAGGAUGACAGGAAGCUGUCGUGGUGUCCACCCCACAAGGUCAUAUUGCCUGUGUGGGCAACCAUCUACUCUGUCAUGGGCUAUGCCUCCUACCUGGUGUGGAAGGACCUGGGAGGGGGCUUCCGGUGGCCCCUAGCACUGCCCCUUGGCCUCUACACUUUCCAGCUCACCCUCAGCUGGACCUUCUUGGUGCUCUUCUUGACAGCCAACAACCCUGGGCUGGCCCUCCUGGACCUGUUGCUCCUCUAUGGGCUGGUGGCAAGCAUGGUGCUCAUCUGGCAGCCGAUCAACAAGCUGGCUGCUCUGCUCCUACUGCCCUACCUGGCCUGGCUCACUGUGACUACCGCCAUCACCUACCGCCUGUGGAGGGACAGCUUAUGUCCAGCGUACCAGCCUUAGCCAUCAAGAAGAGCAACUGAGGCGCCAGGGAA